AUGGACACGUCACCUGCAUCCCCAGAGCCCUUCCUGGUCGCCCCGCAGGCCGAGCUGCUGGAGGAACUGCUUCAGGCCCAGCUGGGGCCCCUGCCCCGGCUCGCUGCCAUCUGCAGGCUCAAGCGGCUGCCCUCAGGAGGCUACUCCACCACCGACGACCUGCACCUGGUGCUGGAGCGCAGGCGCUUGGCCAACGCCAAAGAGCGCGAGCGGAUAAAAAAUCUCAACCGGGGUUUUACCAAGCUGAAGGCUCUGGUGCCAUUUCUGCCCCAGAACAGGAAGCCCAGUAAAGUUGACAUCCUUAAAGGGGCAUCGGAAUACAUACGGGUGCUCAGCUGUGUUCUGGAAGGAGCAAAGGCCUCAGAGAAACAAGGCCCUGAGGAGCAGACCCACAGUAGCAGACCCUCUGACCCUCAUGUGUCGUCGGCUAGAGAGCUCUUGGGAAAUGCUACCCAGCCUACCAGCUGUGCGAGUGGCUUGAAGACAGAAGAGGAGGGGCCAUGGGCAUUUGGUGACCACAGGGAGCCACUGUAUACCUGUCAUCAGAGUGCGGCACCUGUGACUAGGAGUUACUUCAUUCAGCAGGAGGCUGAUGAAAGACUGCUGCAGGGCGCGGGCGGGGACGCUGCAGCGAGCCGGGCUCUGGAGGGGGCGCUGCGCACUCGCUCGGCCCUUUGUCAGUGCUCACUGCUGGGAGCGCACACAUCUUCCAGCCUCCCGCGGGCUCUGGACUUGACUCUGACUGCAGCACCGGUCGCGGGGACGCGGAUCUAG